AUGAGGUUCCGCCGACACCCUGUGGCGGUAACCGCGGACAUCAAGGAGAUGUUCAUGCGCAUCCGCGUCCGGAAACAAGACCGGGACGCACUCCGCCUCCUGUGGAGAGCGGAAAUCAAGAAGAACCACUACAUGGACGACUUCAUAUCCAGCUUCCCGAGUGAAGAAGAAGCACUGAAGAUAUCGCAGGAAGUCGACAUGGUCCACCGGCACGCCGGGUUCGAGCUGCGAGGCUGGACAUUGAAUAGCGAAGCCCUACGCCGACGUCUCGGGAACGACCGAGACUCCAAGGAGGUCCCUGUGGGAGAAGACUGCACGGACAAGACGCUGCGAAUAUGGUGGGAGGCGCAUGAAGACCUGCUGCGCUUCAACCUGAACGAGGCGAAGAUACCUCGCGCCAUCAUAAACGAGGAGAGGGCCCACACGAAGCGUGAAGCCCUCAGUGACAUGAUGUCACUGUUCGAUCCGCUCGGACUACUGUCACCGCUCACCAUGCCCGCCAAGAAGUUCAUGCAGGAGACCUGGAGGUACGGCACCGGAUGGGACGAGCCCCUACCGGAGCAGCUCAUCCCCAAAUGGACGGCGUGGACGAGAGAUCUACAACAAGUAAGUAAACUAAAGAUUCCCCGCUGCUACAACCUGCAGCCUGAAAUGGUAAGUGAAAUGCAUACCUUUGUCGACGCGAGUGAAGAGGCAUACGCCGCAGCUGUCUACAUCCGCAUGGUGCGCGAGGACGGAGCAGUACACACGGCGCUCGUGGCAGCCAAAAGCCGCGUAGCCCCGCUGAAGCCGACGUCCAUCCCGCGCCUGGAGCUGCAAGCUUUUCUCCUGGGUACCCGCCUCGCGAAGACUAUGGAGAAAGAACUAGAAGUCGAGCUGGUAAGGAAAACAUACUGGAGUGAUUCCCGCACAGUGCUGGCGUGGAUACGCGCCGAGCCGCGGGCCUACAAAACGUUCGUCGCGCACCGCCUCGCCGAAAUAGAGGAAACAACGAAAGUCAGCGAGUGGCGAUGGGUGCCGACGAAAGAAAACGUGGCCGACGACGCGACGCGCGCCACACCCACGGACUUCGGAGCCGCCCACCGAUGGUUCAGCGGGCCCGAAUUCCUGAAAAAAGAAGAAAAAUUAUGGCCGGAAGAAGGAAAACCGGCGGAGAAAACGGACACGGGUGAAGAAAAAUGUUUUGUCGUGCGAUACUUCGCGCUACAAGACAGCUUACCCGACAUUGAACGCAUAGGAAAGUGGAAGACGUUGCUACGAGCUACAGGUCGUGUACUGCAGUUCAUUGACCUCUGUCGUUCCACGCGAGAAACCGUGGAAGCUGGGCGACAACGCACAAAGAAAAACCAAGAAAAGGAUGCGGCCUGGGACUCGCGGCGAUCGAAGAAAGAAAAAUCCGCGACACGAAUGGAUCCAGCUACGCGAAGAAAAUACAUCGCACUCGACGCACAGUACCUCAUUCGUGCCGAGGCACUCUGGCUGCGCCGAAUGCAAGAAGAAGCAUAUAGCGAAGAAAGAAAACGAAUAGAAGAAAACCGUUCUCCAGCGGCGGGAGACCGCCUCGCCUCGCUGAGUGUCCACCUGGAGGAGGGCCUCAUCAAGCUACGGGGUCGAGUAGCAGCCGCAGAAGACAUCAGCCGAGAAACCAACAACCCGGUUAUCCUGGAUGGCAGCCACAGGUACACGAAAUUAUAUAUCCAACAGAUGCACGAAGAAAUGCAUCACGGCGGAGUAGAAGCAACCUCGAACGAGAUCCGGCAGAGGUUCUGGGUAACCCGUAUACGCCCCACAGUCAAAGGUGUGAUCCAGGCCUGCCUGGCCAGCCGCAUACGCCGAGCCAAGCCGACGCGUCCGGCCACGGGUGACCUGCCCGUCGCCUGGCUGACGCACCACGCGCGGCCAUUCACCUUCGCAGGGCUUGACUAUUUCGGCCCAGUGGAGGUCACCGUGGGCAGACAUCGAGAGAAGAGAUGGGUGGACCUCUUCACCUGUCUCACCAUGAGGGCCGUCCACCUGGAGGUGCUGACGUCUCUCAGCGCCGACUCCGCCAUCGCAGCACUGCGGAGGUUCGUCGCCCGACGAGGACAACCGACUGAACUAUGGUCGAACAACGCGACCUGCUUCAAGGCAAAAAUAUAG